GUCCAUGGAAAGCGACAGCAAAAUAAAAGCAAAUCGAAGCGAAAUUGGCUGAAAAUCGCUGCGAAUCAAAAAUGGCCAGUCCAGAUCCAAAGUCAAUAAGUAACGAUUCACGCUGCAUAUUUUUUAACACUCAUUCAGGAGACUAUCAAUGCGGGGUGAUUUUAACAGUAAAGCGAGCCACAGGAACCUUCUCCUUAGUAGGAUGCGUUUUCAUGCUGUUUGUAAUCUGGCUGCUUCGCAGGUAUCACUCUUUGGCGCAGAAGAUGAUUCUUAGCCUGACUGUAGCCGCCGCCUUUGACAGCGUAGCAUAUGUCAUGGGUGAGUCCCAACCAGAUGGAUCACUUUGUGAUUUCCAAGCCUGGUGGCUAACGUAUUUUGACUGGAGUGCCUUGGCUUGGGUUUGCCUCAUCACACUAAACCUCUACCUCAACCUGGUCAGAGAAAUAAGCACCAACAGAUAUGAAAUGUUUUACCAUCUGAUGGCGUGGGGGGUACCUUUGGUCAUGGCCUCGCUGCCGCUGUUCAAGGGUUACUAUGGCCCCGCAGGAGCCUGGUGCUGGAUCACAGACGAUCACGUAGCCUGGAGAUUUGGGAUAUGGUACGUGCCUCUUUUCGGCCUCAUCUUCCUGAUGAUCUUCUGCUACGCCAGAAUCAUCUGCGUGGCCAAUAAGAGAAUGCAGUCAUGGCUGGGAACUUUCAACCCAGAGCGAGAGAGGCGCAAGGUUUCCUUGGCAGAGGAGAUCAAGCCGUUGAAGUGGUAUCCCUCCGUUUACCUGCUCGUGUCCAUCUUUCCCCUCAUCAACAGGCUCCAUAACGCCUUCUACCCUAAGGCACCGUCCUUCUCCCUCACACUUCUGCACGUCCUGUCAGCACCACUCCACGGCUUGGCCAAUGCCUUUGUGUUUGGCCUGGAUAGGGAUUGGUGGAGCCUCCUGAGCCCAACUGGCAUGCAGCUGGCUCUGCAGUCACGGCUCUGUGACAGAACACGGAUUGGAGAGUACUACCCCGGGGCGGUGCGCUACACGCAGGCUGACCUGGCCGACCUGGCCGACCUCAGCGAUGACGAUGACACCAAUGUGCUCUUCUACUCUCCUGACAUGACCCUGAAAGACCGAGGGCCCUGAGAGAGCGGGAGGGAGGGAGAGCGAGGGAGACAAAAGAGAUGGAGGGAAGGAACACGAAGGAGGGUCAGAGCCAGAGAGAAACGCAGCGGAUUAGAAACUGAGAGGGAGGAAAAAGAGGUAGGGAGGGAAUGGAAGGGAAGAUUGUGGGGGACAGUCAGGCAGAUAGGAGCCGGAGAUGAGCUGUCAGGUUCCAUUAUUAAUCCCCAUCCUUUACUAUUUAAUAUCCUAAAGACACACACACCACACAUACUGAACAGAGCUCCAGCUCAGCGUAUUACUACAAGAGAAGGGGAAGGACUAGGGCGCUGUAAAGAUCCUCUCGAUGUUAAACGCAUCUGCUUCUUCCCAAAAAGGUCUUGAAACGAUUUCCCUCUCUGCAUCGUAUUCUGUACGUCUGCAGCAUUUCGGCAUGCCAGAACAAUAAAAUGGAGAAAAAAGAACCCAUAAGGACCGCUGAAAGGCAAUCAUAACAAGGUGUUCCUUUAGCAUUCUCUUUUCACGUCUCUGCAGGAGAUUAGUUGAAAAGGAGGCCUUUAAGAUGUAUCCCGUGUGUCUGACGUGAAAGCAUCUGCAUCUACCCUGAGAUUGAUCCUGCUACUGAACAAUUUUCUUGCCAACAGGGGGGAUGUGGGUGCGGAGUUGAGCUACAGAAGUGGGAGGGGUUAUAAACAGUCAGGAUGCCUCAACAGGGCAACUAAAUCCCAAAGCACCCAUGUCACCUUCCUCACAGUAUUUGUUUUCUGCCUGUUUUUUGUUACUGUUGAUGCAGCUGCUGUACAUGUAUUCAUUUCUGGAAGGUUAUUUUGUAUUUUUUUAAAUGACAAAUACUACACUUGUUUGUUAUACACUAUUUAUAACAAAUCAAUGUACUGUACAUAUUUAACUGUACGCUCUAUUUUUGUACUUUGCCUUGGACCGGGAUGUGACGAAACUUCUUUUCUUGGUCCAGAUCUGCUGCUCGCCGGUGUCAGUCAAGCAGAGCCGAAUUCAACACGCACAGCCUUAUGAACAACUACAGAGAGAUGCUUUUAGUCAAAUAAAUCCCCUCGUAGACACA